AUGGAUAUCGAACAGUUUAGAAAGGCUGGAUACCAGGCGAUCGAUAGAAUAUGCGACUACUAUAGUACGCUCCAACAGCGCCCCGUAGUUCCCCCCGUCCAACCAGGAUAUCUUCUCCGGUCGCUUCCUGAUCGUCCCCCGGAAGCCGGGGAAGACUUUGAUGUCAUUGCCGAUGAUUACCAGAAGCUCAUCGUCCCCGGUUUAACACACUGGCAGCAUCCGUCCUUUUUUGCUUACUUUCCGACGGCAUGUACUUUUGAGGGCAUGCUCGGCGAUUUAUAUGCCAGUAGCACAUGUAAUCCUGGCUUCAACUGGUCAAGUAGCCCGGCUUGUACAGAGCUUGAGAUGAUGAUGAUGGACUGGUCUGCUAGACUCCUUGGGUUGAGUGACCAUUUUCUAAACAGUUCCGGGGUGGGUGGCGGGGUCCUUCAGACCACAUCGUCCGAUUCCGCUCUUGUCGCAACCGUAGCAGCGAGAUCCCGUUAUAUGCGCACGCAUCCUGGUACCAAGAUGGAAGAGCUUGUGAUGUAUGUCACAUCGCAGACCCACUCGCUCGGUGUCAAGGCAAGCUUAGUUCUUGGACUAGAGUGCCGGAUUCUGGAUGUGCGCGCGGAGGACGAGUUUGGACUUCAAGGAGAGACGCUCAAGGUUGCAUUAGAAGAGGAUAUAGCCAAGGGAAAACAUCCAUUCUUUCUAAUCGGCACGGUUGGAACCACCUCAUCUGGCGCCAUCGACCGCUUAGAAGAGGUUGGCGAAGUGUUGCAACAUUACCCUUCCAUCUGGUUACAUGUUGACGCCGCGUGGGCCGGUGUUACACUUGCCUGUCCUGAAUAUCGCAAGACUGCACAAUUGGAACAAAUCAACAAAUAUGCAACGUCAUUCGGCACUAAUUUCCAUAAAUGGGGCCUGGUGAACUUCGACGCUGCUCUGUUGUGGGUCAAGAGUCGCAAGGAUCUUACUGAUGCGCUAGACGUCACUCCCGAAUUCCUGCGAACAAAGCAGAGCGAUGCGGGCGCCGUCAUAGAUUAUCGCAAUUGGCAUCUUGGACUGGGUCGACGGUUCCGCUCUGUUAAAGUCUGGUUCGUCUUACGCAGCUAUGGGGUGGAAGGAUUCCAGAAAUAUAUCCGCGAGUGUAUCGAACUUAACGAUUAUUUCGCCUCUCUCGUCAGAUCGUCCACCAACUUUUCCUUGAUCGCAGCUCCAUCCUUUGCUCUCACGGUUUUCCGGCUUAUUCCCCACAAUGCCUUUCCUGGUGUGACUCUGAGUGAGGACUUGCUUAACGACAUCAACCGCUCCAUGUAUGCACGGAUUGGCGCGCGACACGACAUCCUACUCACACAGACGAUACUGAAUGGAACGUUCUGUAUCCGUUUCGCUGUUGGUGCGGCACGGACUCGAAAGGAGCAUUUAGACCAAGCAUGGUCAUUGAUUCAGGAGGAAGCCGGGUCCACCAUCGAAGAAUGGGCGGAGAAACUCGCAGCGGGAAAGAACUAA